GGAUUAUUAACGGAUUAAUAAAUUAGCAUGGCCAACCUUAAAUGUGUCAUUCGCUAAUAUCCAAUUACCUAUUUCAAAAGUUUCCGGUGCAGCUUCUAGCCCGUUGCUAUAUGGGCUUGGGGCCCGAAAUGUCCGCCGCCGCCGGUGAUGAUGUCGCCGCUCCUCUCUUACGCAGAACAGAUAGGGCUUCCAUUUCGGCUGAGCCGUCACCGGAAGAUGAGGAGAACUCACCGGUCGAGCAAGUGGCACUCACGGUGCAAACAACAGAUGAUCCGUCCCUCCCAUCCCUCACGUUUCGCACAUGGGUUCUGGGGAGCCUGGCUUGCGUCCUCCUCUCUUUCGUCAACCAGUUCUUUUGGUACCGCAGGGAGCCACUCUCCAUCACAUCGAUUGCGGCCCAGAUCGCGGUGGUUCCGCUGGGCCACUUGAUGGCCUCGCUGGUCAGCGCUAGAGUCUUCUUCGAAGGGAAGAUAUGGGAGUUCAGCCUUAAUCCUGGACCUUUCAACGUGAAGGAGCAUGUGCUUAUUACCAUAUUGGCAAACGCUGGCGCCGGUAAUGUUUACGCUAUACACAUAGUCAGCGCCAUCAAGAUCUUUUACAAGAAGCAGUUGACUUUCCCAGCGGCCUUGCUUGUCGUUAUAACCACCCAGGUGCUGGGUUUUGGUUGGGCCGGAAUUUUUCGGAAGUACCUGGUGGAGCCCGCCACCAUGUGGUGGCCUCAGAACCUCGUCCAAGUUUCCCUUUUCAGAGCAUUACAUGAGAAAGAGGAGAGGCCCAAGGGUGGAUUAACAAGAAACCAGUUUUUCCUCAUUGCAUUUAUUUGUAGCUUUGGUUAUUAUGCGCUCCCUGGCUACCUCUUCCCAAUGUUGACCUCUAUGUCAUGGAUUUGCUGGGUAUUCCCUACUUCUGUUAUAGCACAACAGUUAGGCUCUGGACUCCAUGGAUUAGGGGUUGGUGCUAUUGGAUUUGACUGGUCCAGCAUAUCCUCUUACCUAGGAAGUCCUCUUGCUAGCCCUUGGUUUGCUACUGCCAAUAUUGCUGUUGGUUUCGCCCUAGUCACUUAUGUCAUUACUCCUAUUGCUUAUUGGUUGAAUCUUUUUAAGGCCAGAACUUUCCCCAUUUUCUCAGAUGGUCUGUUCACAUCUACUGGUCAAAAGUACAAUAUCUCGGCUGUUAUAGACUCAAGUUUUCACCUUGACAUUCAAGCAUAUGACCAUGAAGGACCACUGUAUCUCAGCAUCUUCUUUGCUAUAUACUAUGGUGUUGGUUUUGCUUGCCUAACUGCCACUAUUUUCCACGUUUUCCUUUUUCAUGGAAGAGAUAUAUGGCAGCUAAGUAAGUCUGCAUUCCAAGAGAAGAAGGUGGAUGUGCAUACAAGGCUUAUGAGGAGAUAUAAGCAAGUACCUGAAUGGUGGUUCAUAUGCUUACUUUUGGUGAACAUUGCAGCAACUUUGUUUACAUGCCAAUACUACAAUGUUCAACUCCAAUUGCCAUUGUGGGGCAUCUUGCUUGCAUGUGGUCUUGCCAUGUUCUUCACUCUUCCUGUUGGAGUAAUCGCUGCUACAACAAAUCAGACACCAGCUCUGAAUGUGAUCACAGAGUACAUCAUGGGGUAUAUUUAUCCAGGAUACCCUGUUGCUAACAUAUGCUUUAAAGUGUAUGGAUAUAUAAGUAUGAAACAAGGCCUUACAUUUUUGCAAGACUUCAAGCUUGGUCAUUACAUGAAGAUUCCCCCUAGGGCCAUGUUUGUUGCACAGGUGGUUGGCACAAUUAUAUCAGCUUUAGUUCAUUUAGGAACGACGUGGUGGCUUAUGAGCACAAUUCCAGACAUAUGUGAUAGAGAAUUGCUUCCAGCAGGCAGCCCGUGGACAUGCCCUGGUGACCAUGUAUUCUAUGAUGCUUCUGUUAUAUGGGGUUUGAUUGGUCCUUAUCGAAUAUUUGGAAAGCUAGGCUAAUACUCGUCAAUCAAUUGGUUCUUUCUAGUUGGGGCUGUUGCACCUAUUUUAGUUUUGGUGGCUCAAAAGACCUUUCCAAACAAGCAUUGGAUUAAACUUAUUACUAUGCCUGUGCUCCUGGGUGCAACAAUCAACAUGCCGCCAGCUACUGCUGUCAACUUCACUAGUUGGGUUCUUAUUGCGUUCUUCUCAGGCUUCAUUGCUUAUAGAUAUUAUCGUGAAUGGUGGAGUCGCCACAACUAUGUGUUAUCUGGGGCACUUGAUGCUGGAUUGGCCUUCAUGGCAGUAUUGCUAUACAUGUGCUUGGGGAUGAAUCAUGUUAGCUUUGACUGGUGGGGAACUCACCCUGAUGGAUGCCCGUUGGCUUCUUGUCCAACUACUACAGGUGUUAUAGUUAAAGGCUGCCCAAUUUUCUGAGUGGAACAGAAGUAGGUGUUGGAUCAAACUUCUAAAAUUGUUUUCUUUGAAUAAUCCUUUGUAGAUUUUAUAAAUAGAAAUAAUGAUGAUGUAAGUUACUAUAUUAAAUUGUAAAUUACAAUGUAAUGGUUUUGGAUGAUUGUUCACUUUAUGCAUUGUCAGUAAAAUUUGAACUGUAAUUAAGAAGCAAGAUGGAUAAUCUGCAGUUACAUGCACAUAUACAUGAUGUUCUUUCUCUGUACUGUAAACGAUGAAACUUUGUGCUGAAUCAGUUGGGAGAGAGCCAAUAUUUGGCUAUUUCCAUUCAAUUGA